GAACUAUAAGCCAGAAUGAAGGGAGCUGUAAUUCAGAAAUGUGGAAACUUGCAAGUCUGAUUGGAAGACAAGAAUGGAGAGAUUUCAAGGAAAGUGAAGAGUCUGUGGAAAUGACGAAAUUAAAUCACUACACUGUUUCUUUCUUACCAAUUUGGGAAUGAAGCAUGCUAUCCCAAAGGCAGUGUCUUCACUUUGCAGAGAAAGGCUUUGUCGUAUAUGAACAUGCUCUUUCUUCAAAACAGACUCAACGUUUUCACACCGAAGCAGACAUUCUCUUGAAUCAUGUCAUGGAUCAAAAUCUAGAUCUGGCCCGCGAUCUCGGUUGCAUCAUUGAGCCACUAGCAUGUGGAUACAUGGAUGAUUUACCGGCCGACUACCGAAAAAGUGCGCAGGUUUUUUGCAAGCAUCGGGACUUAAUUUUGGAUGAUGGUAGUAGCAUAUCGGAGAUACUCUUUAGUGAGAUGGCAAGGUGGAGUACACAGCUGCUAAAGUGUAGUACGGUAUAUCUGCUUAACGAGCAAUAUAUUAUCAAACCUCCGGCUUCCCGAGCUGAUUCUUCCUUUCGAUGGCAUACGGAUGGAGAGUACUUACCUGCACAUGAACAGCAGAUCAAGAGUGUUGCAUGCUGGACAGCGCUGGAUGAUGUUGACGAGAACAAUGGAGGCUUGACCAUUCAACCGCUGGACGGCAGUGGCGAGCACUUGGUGAAUGUGCCUGCAGGAUCAAUUGUCUUUCUAUCUAACCGAGUAGUUCACAAAAGCACUGCUAACCAAAGUCGACGGUUUCGCCGCGCCUAUAUGCCUCAGUAUUCAUCGGAGUCAAGUAGCGUGGGGUAUACUUUUCCGGCGCUAAUGGAUUAGUUAGUGUUGUUACGCGAAAGUUUCUUUCUCAAAAAUGAAUAAUAUCAUGAUCUUUAUUAUCAACAUUAA